AUGAUAUCGGGCCAGCCUGAAGAUAUAACAGGAUAUUACAAGGAGAACACAGAUCAAGAUGGCGAAGAGCAUUUUGCUGAGAUAUUAGCUCAUGGCCGUAGUUUCCUUGUUGAGAGCAAUGCGUUCGGAGCGCUACGUGAAGAUCUCCGAAAUUUUGUUCACCCGUUUGCGAAACAAAAGAGCCAGGCUUUUUCAAGUAUAUUAGACGGGAUCGGCCCCGAAACAUCUUCAUGGGCACUGACCGAUGCCUGUACGAGAAUAUGGGCGAAGAUUUCUAGCAUGACAGUAGCACUCACCUCUCACCUUGGACUCAAAGAUGAUGCGAUACCUCCAGGUCACCAACGCAUAAGGUGGAAAAAUGUUCAUGGGAAAUGGCUCUAUGAUGACUAUGUUGAGCACGAGCAUGGUGCCUUGCAAGCAUUGCAGAGCUAUUUAAGUACAUUGGCAUACAAAACAAAAACAGCGACUGAAGGUAGCACCAGUAAAAAUGACUCCUUCCGACAUGCUCAAAUUUCCUCUCCCAACAGCAACUCAGGAGGAGCCCACAGCUCCGAAGCCAGCGCUGUUGCUGAUGAACUGCAUGACGCUCCCCAAAACCGUAUAGUUGACUGUCACCAACAGGACCUCGAGUGCGGUGAGCGCUCAAGCCGCACUCUUCAUCUCAUGGUCUGCAUAGAAAAGGGAAGAUAUAGCGUUGAACUCCAUCAGGAGCCAGUUACAGAGCUGAUCGACGAUCGACAAUUAUUCCAUACUUUGAAACGUGUCUACUACGAGCAUAGAGGGAGGUUUAAACAGUAUUGGUCCUUGAGAACUGUCACUAGUAUCCAAUUUAUGAAGUUCACGUAUGGUGGCCGCCAAUACCUUGAUGUGCGAUGCCACGAGGAAAUUUGCGAAACUGGGAAGGCUUGCAGUUGUAUACCCCCACCUAAGCUUGUUCAUCCGAACGGAACAGAGUAUGAAUGCCGACCAAUACCACCGAAGUUGUCCCCACCUGUUGGGCCACGAAUGAUGAUGGAUCAUUUUAUAAAUGCAGAUUAUAUACCGGCCAACACAACAUUGAUCAUGGACCAGUUACCAAAAAGGACAUGUGGACAACUCCAGUCUGACUAUUCAGAGUUGAAAGAAGCGUGGGGAAUAUUAUACAAAGAAGACUGGCAUUGGGCCAAAAUAUGGUGUAUUCUUGCCUUUGGCUUCUUUCCGCCGAGUCUGUUAUUUGGGGUCUUAUGGGGAACUCUAAAUAGAGACAUCCAGGGCGCAUUUGGAAUAGCAAGCUGGUGGAUGACAGGGGCUAUGAUUCUUAUUGGAAUUGUAGGAACAUGUACAUGGAGUUAA